AUGGAUCAAAAUCAUCUGAAAUUAAAUUUUAGUCAAUUCAUCGUUGAGAAACAAAACUCUUAUACGGAUGACUAUAAACUUGGUGUAUGAUUAGAGAUAUUGCUAGGGAGUAUUGGGGGUUGGUGCAUUUUCAUAAGUUCGAAAAGUGACUCACAGAAAAACUAGAGCCAUUAGAGCAAUGAAAGUUUAAUUACAUUAUGAUUUAUUAUAGGUCAUUAGCAAAUCAAGACUCUCUACUACAGAAUUGCAAUAAAAUUUUAUAAACGAAAUAAAUGUUUACAAGCAAUUAGAUCAUCCUCACAUCCUUAAAUUAUAUGAAUUCUAUUAGGAUGAAAAAAACUUCUACAUUAUUAUUGAAUUAUGCACAGGGUACUUAUUGAAUUGGAAUUUAGUGGUGAAUUGUUUGAUAAAAUAAUUGAAAAAGGAAGUUUUUCAGAAAAAGAAGCAUCCUACGUUAUGAAGUAGAUAAUGUCUGCUGUUUUAUAUGCCCACAAUCAAAACAUAGUGCAUAGAGAUUUAAAACCAGAAAAUGUUUUACUUGACAUAACUAGUUAAGGCAAUUACAAUGUGAAGGUUGUAGAUUGGGGAACAGCAAAAAUAUUUUCGCCCAAUCAAUAAAUUAAUGAAAAAUUCGGAACUUUGUAUUACAUGGCACCUGAAGUAUUGAAGCGUAAUUAUAAUGAAAAAUGCGAUAUUUGGUCUUGCGGUGUUAUUUUGUAUAUUUUAUUAUCUGGUAUACCUCCAUUUGGUGGUAAGACAGAUUUGGAGAUUCAAAAGAGCAUUUCGUAUGGAAAAUACACAUUAGAUGUAAGAUGAAUUUGGUCAUUUUUAAGAGUGAUGUUUGGAAUUCGGUCAGUGCUCAUGCAAAAGAUCUUGUUUCAUAAAUGCUUUAAUAUGAUGUAUAGAAGAGAUUAAGUGCUAAAUAAGUGUUGGAACAUCCAUGGGUUUAGUUGCAACAUUAAGAGAAGGUUGACAAACAGAUAGUGUAAUGCAGACUGAAGAAUCUGGUCAAUUUCAGAGCUGAAUAAAAACUACAAUAAGCCACUUUGAUGUUCAUCGGCACAACGAUGAUUUCGAAAGAAGAGAAGAACCAGUUAGUAGUUAUUUAAUUAUCGAUAAGAUGUAAGCUUUUAAAGAGAUGGACUAGAAUGGAGACGGGAUCCUUACAAAAGAAGAGAUCCUCGAAACAUAUAAGAAGUAUAUGGAUGAUGAAACUGCUUGUCAGGAGGUUCAGAAGAUCAUGGACUUAGUGGACAUGGAUGGAUCAGGUACUAUCGAUUAUACUGAAUUCAUCAUUGCUUCCAUGGAUCGAAAGAAAGCAGUUCAGAAGGAGAAAUUGAAAGAAGUAAUGUGAAAAUCUAAGAUUAUGUAGGCAUUUCAAAUAUUUGACAAAGAUGGCAAUGGAUUUAUUUCGGAAUAGGAAAUUAAGGAAGUGUUGGGACCAUCUAUAACAGGGAUUGAUGAGAAGUAUUGGAUGGACAUGAUCAAAGAAAUUGAUAAAAAUGGUGAUGGAUAAGUAAGUUAUGAGGAGUUCUGUGAAAUGAUGAUGAAAAUCAUUUAAUGA